GUGGGGGAACCUCUGGAAAAGUUCUGCCUUGAGAGAAGUUGGCGUUAGGACCCAGGAGGGAGGCUGCGGUGGUGGAGGAGGAGGAGGAGGAGGCCUGGCUCCUUCAGCCUUUUUGGAAAGCAAGACCCGGGCGAGGAGGAGAGAGAGCAAAGCCAGCCAGCCGCCUGAGAGGGAGAAAGACCCCCCCCCCGCCCCCAAGUCGCUCGGCUCUGAUUCAGCUGCCUCUGUAGCCCACCCCUCCCCAGAAUGAGGACUCUUCUGGCCCUUCUCCUCCUCUGCCUGCCAGCAGCUCUUCUGGCUCAGGGGCAGUAUGACCUCGAUGACCCUGCCUAUCCCGAGCCCCCGUACGCCCCUUACGAAAUUGAGAGUCAAGAUUAUUACGAUUACGCUGGGAACGAUCUCUCCCCCCAGACUCCUGAGGAGCACUACCAGUCCCAGCAACAGAACCAGCAGGAGGUCAUCCCCGCCCCAACCCCAGGCGUUUCUGAGACAGAGCCCACCGAACCAGGGCCCCUCGACUGCCAGGAGGAGCAGUACCCCUGCACCAGGCUGUAUUCCAUCUACAAGCCUUGCAAACAGUGCCUGAACGAGAUCUGCUUCUACAGCCUCCGCAGGGUCUACGUGAUCAAUAAGGAGAUCUGCGUCCGUACGGUUUGCGCUCACGAAGAACUCCUAAGAGCCGACCUCUGUCGCGACAGAUUCUCCAAGUGCGGCAUCAUGGCGACCAGUGGCCUUUGCCAGACCAUGGCCACCUCUUGCGCCCGGAGCUGUGGCGGCUGCUGAGCGGGGAAAGGGGCCGUGUGGCACUGGACGGGAGGCCCUUCUGGACCACGGAUGAUGCCCCUGGUUCGUGCCCGGAGGGACAGCGGCCCCUUCUUGGGGUCCCUCCUCUGCCACAGCAGUGACACACCUGUAGGGCUG